AUUCCGAGGGGCGGAGUGCUGGCAGUUGAGACCCUCCAGGAAGGGGAAACCCGCGUGGUCAGAUCCCCUGGCAAAGGGCAGGCUGGUGCCUGGAGAGGACAAAGAGGUGAAGGGCAGGAGAAAAAGCAUUAUAUGGAUUCCUUUGGAAACAGGCAAGCACAAAAUGGGAAUAGAAGGGGACUUAAAAGGCAGAAGGAUAAACCAAUGAAAGACGAAAUCGUGUACUUUGCAGGAUGCUGUUAUUGAUGAACUCUUGAUCCCAUAGGAAGAUCACAAAGGAAAAGAAAGGGAAAGUGUCCAGUGUGGGGAAAAAUAUUAAAAAGUAAGCCAAAGUAAAAUUGUGGAACCUACAGAGGGGAGAAAGCAUAUGAGUGCAUGGAAUGUAGAAAGAGGUUCAGUGUGAGUUCUCACCUUACUUUGCAUCAAAGAACCCACACAGAGGAGAAACAAUAUGAAUGCAUGGAGUGUGGAAAAAGCUCCAGUCAGAAGUGCCACCUUACUCACCAUAAAUGUAUGCAUGCAGAGGAGAAACUGCAUGAAUGAAUGUAGUGUGGAAAGUCCAUCCAUAUAAGAAGUAAGCUUACUUUAUAUCAAAGAACCCAUAAAGGGAAGAAAACAUAUAUAUGUAUUAAAUGUGGAAAGAGAGUCAGUAUGAGAAAUAAGGUUACUUUACAUCAAAGAAUCCACCCAGGAGAGAAACCAUAUGAAUGCAUAGAGUGUGGAAAAAGUUUCAGUCGGAGCCAACACCUUUCUGCACAUCACAGAACCCACACAGGAGAGAAACCAUAUAAAUGUAUGGAUUGUGGAAAAACCUUUAGUGCGAGCUGCAAACUUACUUUGCAUCAAAGAACCCACACAGGAGAGAAACCAUAUGUAUGCAUGGAAUGUGGAAAGAGUUUCAGUUGUAGUGGAAGCCUUACAUCCCAUCAAAGUACUCACUCAGGAGUGAAACCAUAUAUAUGCCUAGAGUGUGGAAAAAGUUUCAGAUGGAGCCACCACCUUACUUCACAUCACAGAACCCACACAGGGGAGAAGCCAUAUAAGUGUCUGGAGUGUGGGAAGAGUUUCAGUCGUAGUGGAAACCUUACUUUACAUCAAAGAAUUCACACAGGAGAAAAACCCUAUAAAUGUAUGGAAUGUGGAAAGACCUUUAGUGCGAGCUGCAAACUUACUUUGCAUCACAGAACCCACACAGGAGAGAAACCAUAUGUAUGCAUGGAAUGUGGAAAGAGUUUCAGUUGUAGUGGAAGCCUUACUUUACAUCAAAGAAUCCACACAGGGGAGAAGCCAUAUGAAUGUAUGGAAUGUGGAAAAAACUUCAGAAGUAGAGGACAGUUAACUAAACAUGAAAGAACCCACACAGGAGAGAAACCACACAAAAGUUUGGAGUGUGGAAAGAGCUUUAGUGUAAUCUAUAGACUGCAUCAAAGAACCCACACAGGAGAGAAAUCGUAUAGAUGCAUAGAGUGUGGAAAAAGUUUCAUUCGGAGCGAACACCUUACUUCACAUCACAGAAUCCACACAGGGGAGAAGCCAUAUAAGUGUCUGGAGUGUGGAAAGAGUUUUACUCAUAGUGGAAGCCUUACUUCACAUCAAAGAAUCCACACUGGGGAGAAGCCAUAUAAAUGUACGGAAUGUGGAAAAAGCUUCAGAUGUAGAGGAGAUUUAACUAAACAUGAAAGAACCCACACAGGAGAGAAAUCAUAUAUAUGCCUACAGUGUGGGAAAAGUUUUAUUCGGAGCGAACACCUUACUUCACAUCACAGAAUCCACACAGGGGAGAAGCCAUAUAAGUGUCUGGAGUGUGGAAACAGUUUCAGGCAUAGUGGAAGCCUUACUUCACAUCAAAGAAUCCACACAGGGGAGAAGCCAUAUAAAUGUAUGGAAUGUGGAAAAAGCUUCAGAUGUAGAGGAGAUUUAACUAAACAUGAAAGAAUGCACACAGGAGACAAACCAUACAAAUGUUUAGAGUGUGGAAAGAGCUUUAGUGUGAACUCUAAACUUACGUUGCAUCAAAGAACCCACACAGGAGAGAAACCAUAUGAAUGCAUGGAAUGUGGAAAGAGCUUCAGUGAUAGUAGAAACCUUUCCUCCCAUCAAAGAACCCACACAGGAGAGAAGCCACAUAAGUGUCUGGAGUAACAUCUUACUGCACACCAAAGAACCCACACAGGGAAGGAAAGAAAAAUGUAUGAAGUGUGGAAAGAACUUCUGUCAUAGCGAAAGCAUUACUUUGUAUCAGAUGAAGUGGCUGCAUCAUGGCCCUACCUUCAGAUUAUGUUCCUGGGACAUUAUCCCUGCUCCUAGAAACUGUUGACAUGGACUCUAACAUAAACAGUAAGCAAGGUUCAUUACUGACUGGCUUGUUUGGCCUUUGUAAUAAAACGAAGACGGGUGUUGCUGUCAGAUAUUAGCUUAUACUAUUUGGGCAGAUACAAUUCACUAAACCUUAAUGUGGGUAAGAUUACUAGAUUGCAACCUGCCCUGGGGCCUGAUGAUGAAGAGAAGGUAGUAGUAGUAAUGGUAAUAAUAAUAAUAGGCCCCCUAGUCUUUUUGCCUGAGUAGAUGUGGGGACAGAGUUGACUUCUGUGCUUGUUACAGGGUUUAAUCAUUUUCUUUGUUUCUCUGUAGAGUGGAUCAUCAUUGCUGAUGGGCUGUUGUUUCAAAUUAGGGUGUUGUUUGUUGACAAGGAGAAGCCUAUCCCUGAAGCCCUGUGCGAGGGAGGUGGAAUAUUAUAAUGACAUUUACAAAAGGAACAGUACUGAGAAGCAGGCCGUUUCUAGAUUUUACCAAAACAAACUUUUAGAAGAUGAGUUUCACCUCACACUGAGAAAGAGUGUUGUGUACUGGUUAGAGAGUCAGACUGGAAGUGUGGCAACUGGGGUUCAAAUCCUUGCUCGGUCGUGAAGCUCACUAGAUAACCCUAGGACAGCUAGGUGAGCCUAACCUACCUCACAGGGUUGUUGUGAGGAUAAAAUUGGGAGGGGGAGGGCCAUGUUUGUAUGCAACCUUGAGCUCCUUGGUGGAAAGGACAGGUUUCUUUCUUAACCUGGUUACAGGUUUAAGAUACAGAAUGAUUGUUUGGUGCUUCUUAACUGGGCCUCAUGGGUAGGAAAUAGUGGUAAACCUGAGACCCCAUCAGAGUUGGCAUCCCCUACAGGUAAAAAAAGGGGGUAGAUAGGUAAGUGUGAGAGAGAAAGGGUAGGAGAGAGAGAGCUGUUUUUCAGCUGGGACUACACAGACAAAGUGCAAACUCUAAGAUGGCUAAAAGGCCUCUUGGUCUUGCAGGGGCUGUCUCUGAGGAUCUGUUGUGGCAUGGCAGAUCUUCCGCCUUGUCCAAGAAUGGGAAACUGCACUAAAGUCCAUUAGACCCAGAAUUCCUAUUUCCAUCAGGUGACAGACAGCUACCAUGGAAAAACCCCAAAGAGAACAUAGGGAGAGUUAAGUUUCCAAGUCCAGUUUUAAUUAAUCCCAAUAUAGUAGGUUGUAAUCUUGGCAUAAAAUAGCUGUUCCAUCUUUUGGCUUAGGAUGCAUUAUUUGCAUUCUGUUUCAUUUUUCCGUGUACUUGUUGCAUUUUAUUUUACUGGCAAACACCGUUUCCAAUCAGCUUCCACUUUCUGGCCAUAUCUCCUCACCAUUCAGCCAGUUUAAUAAAAUAAGUUCUUUUGGGUUUGGGUGCGUGAUUCACUUGCCAUUGGCAGUGGGGUUAGUGUGUUCAGUGUCUGCGUCUUUGCCAGCUGUUGCCCAUAACUUCUGGCAUGGUGCAAAAACUUCUGGCAGCAAUUGUAACUCUCUCCCUACACUCAGUGCAAACUGAAAGAAUUGUGACCUUGCACAACCUUAUAGUGGAUGACACACAAGCAAAUAAACAUCACUCUGAAUGGGAUCUGUACAGCCUGUUAUGACCCCCAACCUGCUGUUCUUUAUUUUCGUUCAACUAGAGACAGGAGACAACGUCAACUUGUUCCAGAGAUUUAUGGUGCGAGGAAUUUUGUAAAAAUAUAUAUAUAUAUUUCAGCAGUCUGGACAUUUUCAGUUAAAAUUUAAAUGUCACAUUUCUUUAAAUUGCAAUC